AGGAACAUCUGCAGUUCUCCUGGCAUCAUCUCCAUUCUCAACUAAAAGUCUGUCAUCCGAAGCAAGUGCUCCUGCAUCUAUAAUCUCAACUGAAGCACCAGUUUCAGCAGUAGGAACUCAAUAUCAAACCACACUACCCAGCAAUCCAACCUGGAUAGACACAGAAGUAACUUCAAGAACUGCCUCUUCAGUGACAUUCUCUCCUGAACCCCCGUUCCCAACUUCAGAACUGCCCCUAAGUCCGUCAACAGCACCUAAUAUGCCAUACUCACCAGAAGAAAGUCCCUCGUCAUCAGCAAUAGCAACUGUAGCAUUAAACUCACCAGAAACUUCAGGGUCAAUAACAGAAUUGAGUAAUCCAACAUCUGCAGUCACAGUUGUUUCCACAGUAGUUCCACCUUCAGCAGGAACAUCUUCAGUACUUCUGGCAUCAUCUCCAUUCUCAACAAAAAGUCUGUCAUCUGAAGCAAGCGCUCCUGCAUCUAUAAUCUCAACUGAAGCACCAGUUUCACCAGUAGGAACUCAACAUCAAACCACACUACCCAGCAAUCCAAUCUCGAUGGUCACAGAAGCUAAUUCAGCAACUUCCACCUCAGUGACAUUCUCUCCUGAACCCCUGUUUCCAACUUCGGAACUGCCACUAAGUCCGUCAACACCAUCCACUAUGCCAUACUCACCAGAAGAAAGUCCGUCUUCAUCAGCAAUAGCAACUGUAGCAUUAAACUCACCAGAAACUUCAGGGCCAAUAACAGAAUUGAGUAAUCCAACAUCUGCUGUCACAGUUGUUUCCACAGUAGUUCCACCUUCAGCAGGAACAUCUGCAGUCCUUCUGGCAUCAUCUCCAUUCUCAACUAAAAGUCUGUCAUCCAAAGCAAGUGCUCCUGCAUCUAUAAUCUCAACUGAAGCACCAGUUUCAGCAGUAGGAACUGAAUUUCAAACCACACUACCCAACAAACCAACCUCGAUGGUCACAGAAGCUAAUUCAGCAACUGCCACUUCAGUGACAUUCUCUCCUGAACCCCUGUUUCCAACUUCGGAACUGCCACUAAGUCCGUCAACACCAUCCAAUAUGCCAUACUCACCAGAAGAAAGUCCCUCGUCAUCAGCAAUAGCAACUGUAGCAUUAAACUCACCAGAAACUUCAGGGCCAAUAACAGAAUUAAGUAAUCCAACAUCUGCAGCCACAGUUGUUUCCAAAGUAAUUCCACCUUCAGCAGGAACAUCUGCAGUUCUCCUGGCAUCAUCUCCAUUCUCAACUAAAAGUCUGUCAUCCGAAGCAAGUGCUCCUGCAUCUAUAAUCUCAACUGAAGCACCAGUUUCAGCAGUAGGAACUCAAUAUCAAACCACACUACCCAGCAAUCCAACCUGGAUAGACACAGAAGUAACUUCAAGAACUGCCUCUUCAGUGACAUUCUCUCCUGAACCCCCGUUCCCAACUUCAGAACUGCCCCUAAGUCCGUCAACAGCACCUAAUAUGCCAUACUCACCAGAAGAAAGUCCCUCGUCAUCAGCAAUAGCAACUGUAGCAUUAAACUCACCAGAAACUUCAGGGUCAAUAACAGAAUUGAGUAAUCCAACAUCUGCAGUCACAGUUGUUUCCACAGUAGUUCCACCUUCAGCAGGAACAUCUUCAGUACUUCUGGCAUCAUCUCCAUUCUCAACAAAAAGUCUGUCAUCUGAAGCAAGCGCUCCUGCAUCUAUAAUCUCAACUGAAGCACCAGUUUCACCAGUAGGAACUCAACAUCAAACCACACUACCCAGCAAUCCAAUCUCGAUGGUCACAGAAGUUAAUUCAGCAACUUCCACCUCAGUGACAUUCUCUCCUGAACCCCUGUUUCCAACUUCGGAACUGCCACUAAGUCCGUCAACACCAUCCACUAUGCCAUACUCACCAGAAGAAAGUCUGUCUUCAUCAGCAAUAGCAACUGUAGCAUUAAACUCACCAGAAACUUCAGGGCCAAUAAUAGAAUUGAGUAAUCCAACAUCUGCAGUGACAGUUGUUUCCACAGUAGUUCCACCUUCAGCAGGAACAUCUACAGUUCUUCUGGCAUCAUCUCCAUUCUUAACUAAAAGUCUUUCAUCCGAAGCAAGUGCUCCUGCAUCUAUAAUCUCAACUGAAGGACCAGUUUCACCAGUAGGAACUCAACAUCAAACCACACUACCCAGCAAUCCAACCAGGAUAGACACAGAAGUAACUUCAAGAACUGCCUCUUCAGUGACAUUCUCUCCUGAACCCCCGUUCCCAACUUCAGAACUGCCCCUAAGUCCGUCAACACCAUCCAAUAUGCCAUACUCACCAGAAGAAAGUCCGUCUUCAUCACCAAUAGCAACUGUAGCAUUAAACUCACCAGAAACUUCAGGGCCAAUAACAGAAUUGAGUAAUCCAACAUCUGCAGUCACAAUUGUUUCCACAGUAGUUCCACCUUCAGCAGGAACAUCUUCAGUACUUCUGGCAUCAUCUCCAUUCUCAGCUAAAAGUCUGACAUUCGAAGCAAGUGCUGCUGCAUCUAUAAUCUCAACUGAAGCACCAGUUUCAGCAGUAGGAACUGAAGUUCAAACCACACUACCCAGCAAUCCAACCUCGAUGGCUACAGGAGCUACUUCAGCAACUGCCACCUCAGUGACAUUCUCUCCUGAACCUCUGUUUCCAACUUCGGAACUGCCACUAAGUCCGUCAACACCAUCCACUAUGCCAUACUCACCAGAAGAAAGUCCGUCUUCAUCAGCAAUACCAACUGUAGCAUUAAACUCACCAGAAACUUCAGGGCCAAUAACAGAAUUGAGUAAUCCAACAUCUGCUGUCACAGUUGUUUCCACAGUAGUUCCACCUUCAGCAGGAACAUCUGCAGUCCUUCUGGCAUCAUCUCCAUUCUCAACUAAAAGUCUGUCAUCCGAAGCAAGUGCUCCUGCAUCUAUAAUCUCAACUGAAGCACCAGUUUCAGCAGUAGGAACUGAAUUUCAAACCACACUACCCAACAAACCAACCUCGAUGGUCACAGAAGCUAAUUCAGCAACUGCCACUUCAGUGACAUUCUCUCCUGAACCCCUGUUUCCAACUUCGGAACUGCCACUAAGUCCGUCAACACCAUCCAAUAUGCCAUACUCACCAGAAGAAAGUCCCUCGUCAUCAGCAAUAGCAACUGUAGCAUUAAACUCACCAGAAACUUCAGCGCCAAUAACAGAAUUAAGUAAUCCAACAUCUGCAGCCACAGUUGUUUCCAAAGUAGUUCCACCUUCAGCAGGAACAUCUGCAGUUCUCCUGGCAUCAUCUCCAUUCUCAACUAAAAGUCUGUCAUCCGAAGCAAGUGCUCCUGCAUCUAUAAUCUCAACUGAAGCACCAGUUUCAGCAGUAGGAACUCAAUAUCAAACCACACUACCCAGCAAUCCAACCUGGAUAGACACAGAAGUAACUUCAAGAACUGCCUCUUCAGUGACAUUCUCUCCUGAACCCCCGUUCCCAACUUCAGAACUGCCCCUAAGUCCAUCAACAACACCUAAUAUGCCAUACUCACCAGAAGAAAGUCCCUCGUCAUCAGCAAUAGCAACUGUAGCAUUAAACUCACCAGAAACUUCAGGGUCAAUAACAGAAUUGAGUAAUCCAACAUCUGCAGUCACAGUUGUUUCCACAGUAGUUCCACCUUCAGCAGGAACAUCUACAGUUCUUCUGGCAUCAUCUCCAUUCUCAACUAAAAGUCUUUCAUCCGAAGCAAGUGCUCCUGCAUCUAUAAUCUCAACUGAAGGACCAGUUUCACCAGUAGGAACUCAACAUCAAACCACACUACCCAGCAAUCCAACCUGGAUAGACACAGAAGUAACUUCAAGAACUGCCUCUUCAGUGACAUUCUCUCCUGAACCCCCGUUCCCAACUUCAGAACUGCCCCUAAGUCCGUCAACACCAUCCAAUAUGCCAUACUCACCAGAAGAAAGUCCGUCUUCAUCAGCAAUAGCAACUGUAGCAUUAAACUCACCAGAAACUUCAGGGCCAAUAACAGAAUUGAGUAAUCCAACAUCUGCAGUCACAAUUGUUUCCACAGUAGUUCCACCUUCAGCAGGAACAUCUUCAGUACUUCUGGCAUCAUCUCCAUUCUCAGCUAAAAGUCUGACAUUCGAAGCAAGUGCUGCUGCAUCUAUAAUCUCAACUGAAGCACCAGUUUCAGCAGUAGGAACUGAAGUUCAAACCGCACUACCCAGCAAUCCAACCUCGAUGGCUACAGGAGCUACUUCAGCAACUGCCACCUCAGUGACAUUCUCUCCUGAACCUCUGUUUCCAACUUCGGAACUGCCACUAAGUCCGUCAACACCAUCCCCUAUGCCAUACUCACCAGAAGAAAGUCCGUCUUCAUCAGCAAUAGCAACUGUAGCAUUAAACUCACCAGAAACUUCAGGGCCAAUAACAGAAUUGAAUAAUCCAACAUCUGCUGUCACAGUUGUUUCCACAGUAGUUCCACCUUCAGCAGGAACAUCUGCAGUCCUUCUGGCAUCAUCUCCAUUCUCAACUAAAAGUCUGUCAUCCGAAGCAAGUGCUCCUGCAUCUAUAAUCUCAACUGAAGCACCAGUUUCAGCAGUAGGAACUGAAUUUCAAACCACACUACCCAACAAACCAACCUCGAUGGUCACAGAAGCUAAUUCAGCAACUGCCACUUCAGUGACAUUCUCUCCUGAACCCCUGUUUCCAACUUCGGAACUGCCACUAAGUCCGUCAACACCAUCCAAUAUGCCAUACUCACCAGAAGAAAAUCCCUCGUCAUCAGCAAUAGCAACUGUAGCAUUAAACUCACCAGAAACUUCAGGGCCAAUAACAGAAUUAAGUAAUCCAACAUCUGCAGCCACAGUUGUUUCCAAAGUAGUUCCACCUUCAGCAGGAACAUCUGCAGUUCUCCUGGCAUCAUCUCCAUUCUCAACUAAAAGUCUGUCAUCCGAAGCAAGUGCUCCUGCAUCUAUAAUCUCAACUGAAGCACCAGUUUCAGCAGUAGGAACUCAAUAUCAAACCACACUACCCAGCAAUCCAACCUGGAUAGACACAGAAGAAACUUCAAGAACUGCCUCUUCAGUGACAUUCUCUCCUGAACCCCCGUUCCCAGCUUCAGAACUGCCCCUAAGUCCGUCAACACCAUCCAAUAUGCCAUACUCACCAGAAGAAAGUCCGUCUUCAUCAGCAAUAGCAACUGUAGCAUUAAACUCACCAGAAACUUCAGGGUCAAUAACAGAAUUGAGUAAUCCAACAUCUGCAGUCACAGUUGUUUCCACAGUAGUUCCACCUUCAGGAGGAACAUCUUCAGUACUUCUGGCAUCAUCUCCAUUCUCAACAAAAAGUCUGUCAUCUGAAGCAAACGCUCAUGCAUCUAUAAUCUCAACUGAAGCACCAGUUUCACCAGUAGGAACUCAACAUCAAACCACAAUACCCAGCAAUCCAAUCUCGAUGGUCACAGAAGCUAAUUCAGCAACUGCCACUUCAGUGACAUUCUCUCCGGAACCCCUGUUUUCACCUUCGGAACUGCCACUAAGUCUGUCAACACCAUCCAAUAUGCCAUACUCACCAGAAGAAAGUGCGUCUUCAUCAGCAAUAGCAACUGUAGCAUUAAACUCACCAGGAAUUUCAGUGCCAAUAACAGAAUUGAGUAAUCCAACAUCUGCAGCCACAGUUGUUUCCACUGUAGUUCCAUCUUCAGGCGGAGCAUCUGCAGUUCUUCUGGCAUCAUCUCCAUUCUCAACUAAAGGUCUGUCAUCUGAAGCAAGCGCUCCUGCAUCUAUAAUCUCAACUGAAGCACCAGUUUCACCAGUAGGAACUCAACAUCAAACCACACUACCCAGAAAUCCAACCUGGAUAGACACAAAAGUAACUUCAAGAACUGCCUCUUCAGUGACAUUCUCUCCUGAACCCCCGUUCCCAACUUCAGAACUGCCCCUAAGUCCGUCAACACCAUCCAAUAUGCCAUACUCACCAGAAGAAAGUCCGUCUUCAUCAGCAAUAGCAACUGUAGCAUUAAACUCACCAGAAACUUCAGGGCCAAUAACAGAAUUGAGUAAUCCAACAUCUGCAGCCACAGUUGUUUCCACAGUAGUUCCAUCUUCAGGCGGAACAUCUGCAGUUCUUCUGGCAUCAUCUCCAUUCUCAACUAAAGGUCUGUCAUCUGAAGCAAGCGCUCCUGCAUCUAUAAUCUCAACUGAAGCACCAGUUUCACCAGUAGGAACUCAACAUCAAACCACACUACCCAGCAAUCCAAUCUCGAUGGUCACAGAAGCUAAUUCAGCAACUGCCACUUCAGUGACAUUCUCUCCGGAACCCCUGUUUUCACCUUCGGAACUGCCACUAAGUCCGUCAACACCAUCCAAUAUGCCAUACUCACCAGAAGAAAGUCCGUCUUCAUCAGCAAUAGCAACUGUAGCAUUAAACUCACCAGGAAUUUCAGUGCCAAUAACAGAAUUGAGUAAUCCAACAUCUGCAGCCACAGUUGUUUCCACAGUAGUUCCAUCUUCAGGCGGAACAUCUGCAGUUCUUCUGGCAUCAUCUCCAUUCUCAACUAAAGGUCUGUCAUCUGAAGCAAGCGCUCCUGCAUCUAUAAUCUCAACUGAAGCACCAGUUUCACCAGUAGGAACUCAACAUCAAACCACACUACCCAGCAAUCCAACCUGGAUAGACACAAAAGUAACUUCAAGAACUGCCUCUUCAGUGACAUUCUCUCCUGAACCCCCGUUCCCAACUUCAGAACUGCCCCUAAGUCCGUCAACACCAUCCAAUAUGCCAUACUCACCAGAAGAAAGUCCGUCUUCAUCAGCAAUAGCAACUGUAGCAUUAAACUCACCAGAAACUUCAGGGCCAAUAACAGAAUUGAGUAAUCCAACAUCUGCAGUCACAAUUGUUUCCACAGUAGUUCCACCUUCAGCAGGAACAUCUUCAGUACUUCUGGCAUCAUCUCCAUUCUCAAGUAAAAGUCUGUCAUCCGAAGCAAGUGCUCCUGCAUCUAUAAUCUCAGCUGAAGCACCAGUUUCAGCAGUAGGAACUGAAUUUCAAACCACACUACCCAGCAAACCAACCUCGAUGGUCACAGAAGCUAAUUCAGCAACUGCCACUUCAGUGACAUUCUCUCCGGAACCCCUGUUUUCACCUUCGGAACUGCCACUAAGUCCGUCAACACCAUCCACUAUGCCAUACUCACCAGAAGAAAGUCCGUCUUCAUCAGCAAUAGCAACUGUAGCAUUAAACUCACCAGGAAUUUCAGUGCCAAUAACAGAAUUGAGUAAUCCAACAUCUGCAGCCACAGUUGUUUCCACAGUAGUUCCACCUUCAGCAGAAACAUCUGCAGUUCUUCUGGCAUCAACUCUAUUCUCUGCUAAAAGUCUGUCAUCCGAAGCAAGUGCUCCUGCAUCUAUAAUCUCAACUGAAGCACUAGUUUCAGCUGUUGGAACUCAACAUCAAACCACACUACCCAGCAAUCCAACCUGGAUAGACACACAAGCAACUUCAAAAACUGCCUCUUCAGUAGCAUUCUCUCCGGAACCCUUGUUCCCAACUUCAGAACUGCCUCUAAGUCCGUCAACACCAUCUAAUACGCCAUACUCACCAGAAGAAAGUUCCUCUUCAUCAGGAAUAGCAACUGUAACAUUAAAUUCAACAGAAAUAUUUGUGCCAAUAACAGAAUUGAGUAAUCCAACAUCUACAGCCACUGUAAUUUCCACAGUCGCUUCACAUUCAGCAACAAUAGCUCCAGUACUUCUGGCAUCGUCUCCAUUGUUAACUACAAGUCUGUUAUCCAAUGUAAAUUCUGCUUCAUUGUCAGUCACAUCUGAAUUAUCACCCUUAUUAAAAGCAACAGUAAUUCCAACAAGAGCAAUCCCCGACAAUCCAAUUUCGAUCAUUACAGGAGCUACCACAACUAUAGCUUCAGUAGCAAUGUCCCGCAUUAUCCUGAUGACAUCUGCAUUAUCGAGUGUAAGUCAAGCACCAAAAGUAAGUUCUGUUACCUCUACUAUCUCAGCAAAAGUACCAACGGCCACAAGAAUCAUUUCAUCAACAUCCACUAAUAAUCCAACAAAUAUGAUAUCAGGACUUACCACAAAAACUCACUCUUCAAUGCCAUUUUCCCCCGUAUCCCUUUCAACAACCUCCGAAGUUCCACUAACUACAUCUACAGUUUCCACUGCAAGCUACUCAGCAGGAGCAAGUUCUGCUUCAUUGAAAACCAUAGCAGAAGGAUCCGCCACAACAAAAGUUAUUAACUAUAAUCCAGUAUCUACAAUGACACGACCAAGAACAAUACCUCAAGCUUCAGGAGAAAAAUUCCCAUUACCCCUGACAUCAACAAUAUCGACUACAAGUGAAAUAUCCAAACAAAAUACUGCAGCAUUUCUGAUCUCAAGUAAAGAGCCCACCUCAACAAAAAGAACAGUAGCUCGCACAGCAAUGACCAGGAAUCCAACAAGAACAAUUACAAGAGCUAUCACAUCAACUGUAGCUUCAGCAAAAAUAUUGCCAUUAACACCAGCAUCUACAAUAUUCACUAUUACUGAAGCAGGUAGACAAAUUGCUGCUUCAUCUAUGAUUUCAGCAGAACCACCAAAACCAAGGACAACAACAACAACAACAACAACAGUAUCUCCAAUAAGAAGUCCACUUAGAACGACAAUGGGAUCAUAUUUCAUUGUGGGAUCAGUAGUUAUCCAGAUCAAGCUCAUUUUCAAAGCACCACAUUGCCCCAGUGAAAGUCAGGUACUUAAAGCAGUCAAGACUUUCCUAGUUCCACGAAUAGUUUCAAGAGCUUUGAGCCAGCAACCACAGUUUCAGAAUGUCACUUAUGAAACAUUGUCUAGCACAUCCUUUGCCAUCAACUUGGCUUAUCAGAUCAGCAAUGUGAUCAUGUCAGAAAUUUUUGAUCUCCGGACUAACACAGUCCAAUACAUCCAGGACUCUAUCAACAAUCUGUUGCAUGAAAUACUGCAGAAACCAGUUUCUAAUCCUUUUGCCUUUCCGGCGGCAAAUUACACGAAUCUUCGUGACAUGAUAGAGGCUAACGUGGAAUAUAUCAUUACAGACAAAGAUUUCAAUGGACCAAGUGACUUUCUUCUUGACAUCUUCAAAGACAGCGGUCUGGUCAGCACUGCUCCCCCCCCAGUCACUAUCACUCUACCGCUCACCACUCCUGGGGCAAACAUCACGCAUGUGGGAGGUGGCUUCCCUGGCUGGGCUUUGGCUAUUAUCAUCCCAUGUGGAAUCCUCCUCCUUCUCAUCCCCUGCUGGAUUCUCCUUUGUUGCCUGCUGUGUGGCUGCUGUGCAGCCAUUAAGAGGCGUUGGCGCAGAAGGCAAUCUUACAACAUUCAGUACAGGAUACACAACAACCUCUUGUAAUGAGGCAGUACCAGCAAAUGCAAAUAUAAGACUGAUGUUCUCCAGCCAACAACGGUAACCAGUCAUGGAAACGGAGCCUGUGCAGCUUCAUCCUGCAGUCAGAGUGGAUGUUCAUCUAAACACCGUCUUCCUGCAGUCAGAGUGGAUGUUCAUCUAAACACCAUCAUCCUCUUUCCCUCAUGGUUCAGUAUUAUAGAGACUUCUGGUAAUAGGGGUCUGCAAGGAAUAACAACAUUCACUUUAUAUAUUCUGAAAUGGAAUUACAUAAUUUGUGUCCAGGAAAAGUUUUCAGAUUUGUCAUUUAAACACAAAGUAAUAAUUUGUUCCUUUUACUCUUUAUUUAUGAUGAUCAUCUGUUUUAAAAGUAUACUGAAAAAUUGUAACUGCAUUGCAUCCAUUAUUAUUUAUUAUUAUCGUAAAAAUGAUUGCUGCAUUGAAAAAGUGCAACUGUAACAGUAACGUCUUAUUUAAUUUUAUUGUUGUUGAUGGUGUCAUUUGCAUUAGAAUUUAAAUUUUUCUAUGAUUUUUUAUUUUAUUUUUAAUUAUUUGUGUUUAUAACACAAACUCGAAUCAUUUCAAACGCCGUAUUAGUAAUAUUGUCGGAAAAUAUGUUAAUCUGAGUUCA